CUUAAUUCGAAAAAUCACGUCAAAAAUUAAUCAAAAUGGCCUAAUUCCAGCUACGAUGGGAGUUACACAACUAUGGAAUAUUCUAGAACCGGUGAAACGUCAAGGAGACCUGGCAUCGCUGAAGGGAAAGACGUUAUGUGUGGAUUUAAGUGGUUGGAUAUGUGAAGCACAAGGUUCGAAAGGACUCAAAGCCAAUAUCCUGAAACCUCACCUCAGGAAUUUAUUCUUUCGUGUGUGGAAUUUAACUCGAGUUGGAGUGAAGUUAGUGUUUGUGGUUGAUGGGGAUGCGCCUGAAGUGAAGUGGGAAGCUAUUGUUAAGAGGAAUGAAGCUCGCCAUGCUUAUGAUGGAUGGGGUAAUAAAGGAAUGGRUAGAGGAAGAGGGAGGGGGGUGGCCAAAGGACAGAGGAAAAAAGUAGGACGAUCGAAUUUUAGGAUCUGGGUAAAUGAGUGUACAACUUUGCUUAAACUACUUGGAAUACCCUAUGUAGAAAGUGCUGGUGAAGCUGAGGCACUCUGUGCUUGGAUGGAUGCUAAAAGGGAGUGCACGAUGGACUUUUAUUGUAUGGAUGAUGUUGAGACUAAAAUUUGUCUGAACAGGGAAAAGCUUGUCAGUCUUGCUAUUCUUCUUGGCUGUGACUAUCUUCCUCAAGGAGUACCAGGUGUUGGUAAAGAGAUGGGAUUGAAACUCGUGCAAGCCUUACAAGGUGUUAACCUACUUCAGAGAUUUCAAGACUGGAGCAACUUCAAAGUGUGUGAAGAUGAUAUGUCCAAGAUUGAGAAAACUGUGAAGCAAAAAGCUUCAAAAGUUUCUGGAUUCCCCAACGAAGCGGUUAUCAAUGAAUUCAUGUGUCCUAAACUAGAAACACAGCACCUAACAAUUCCAAAGGGCAACAAGUGUCCCGAUGUUAAAGGAUUACAGGAGUUUUGUUUGAAUUAUUUGGAGUGGCCUGAAGACUACACUACAGAAAAGAUUUUACCUCUUGUGACCUACUGGCAGAUGGAAAAGGGGAUGUCUGUUAAACAUUGUAACCAAAGAUGCGUUGUUACUCCUGAAAGAAUUGUCAAGGCUAGAGUUCAGAACUGGAUCGAAUGUUAUGAAGUCCUUUGGAAGAAUAAUGACAUUGGGGAUGCCUGUCAAUCAACCUUCGUUACCAUAGAAACAAGAUCG